GGUGUGGACAGCAGGGAAGUUGACUGGAAAGUUUCCUUCAGGGCCAGCCAAUCAGAGAGCAGCAACACACUCACAGGAACGCUGAAGCAGGAGAGUUCAGCUUUGUGGAACUUUGCUUUUUAACAGAACCUAACCGUAGAUUCUGGUUUCAAAGCGUCGACAUGGUGACCACUGAAACCCACCAGAGCCAGGAUCUGCUGGUUCCCCUCAAGAACGCGGAGCAGCCGGAGCUGGCCUCGCCCUCUUUUCCCUCAACAGAAAUGGAUCCGGACAAGUUGAGUCAGGGACCCGUCAACGCAAUCACAGUCCUCACACUGCUGGAUAAGCUGGUCAACAUGCUGGACACUGUGCAGGAGAAUCAGCACAAGAUGGAGACGCAUCAGGUGGAGAUGGAAGAUGUAGUCAGAGGGAUCCAGGCGGAUAUCACCAAACUGUCCAAGAACCACAGUCACACCUCCAACACCGUCAGCAAACUGCUGGACAAGAGCCGUAAGAUGUCUGUGACCAUGAAAGAGGUCCGGGAAAAAAUGGAGCGUCAGGCUGUCCAGGUGAAGAGGCUGGAGGCAAACCACGCCCACCUGAUCAGCAGAAACCACUUCAAAGUCCUGAUCUUCCAGGAGGAAAACGAGAUCCCCUCCAGCGUCUUCGUGAAGGAUCCUCCACCGUUCCCCAGAGAUGAGAUCCUGGAGGAGGGAGAGGAACCGGCUCCAGGAACAGCCGCCAACCAAGAAGACGGACUGCAGACCAUUGAGCUCUCCUCUGAUGAAGACGUGGGUCUGGAAGCAGAUCAGGAGGAAGAAGACUUUUGGUCUCAUGAUCUGGAGAACAUGGAAAAGUCCCGAGCAGAGAAGCUGAAGCGGUCCAGUCUGAAGAAGGUGGACAGUCUGAAGAGGGCCUUCACCAGGGAGAACAUCGAGAAGAAGAUGAACAAGAUCAAGCAGAGAACUUCAGCCCUGAAGGUUUCCCCACAGAUGUUCAGCAUCAGGAAGCCUCGCAGCAACUCCGACUCUCAGCCUCCAGAGGCGUCUCCUCACACCGAGGAGGUCCUCACCACUGAGGCCCAGGUCCAGCCUCCCAGCAGCUCCGAGGUGGAGGUUCCCUUCACCCAGGUCCAUGCCCAGCUGGCUCCAGCAGAGCAGGAGGAGGAGGAGAAGCAGGAGGAGGAGGAGAAGGGGUCGGUAAAGGCAGAGGCUGAUGUGUCUGUCGUGUCAGAGGAAGUGGGUGGAGCCUAUGCUCUGUCCUCCACCCUCCCAGAGGAAGAGGAAGGAACCGGAGAACCUCAGGCCUUCCGUUCAGCCACAGACUGAAGUUCUCCAGACCUCCUGAAAGCAGCAGUCCAGACUCUGGUCUCUCGUUCUGCAUCUUUCUCUUCUCUCGCUGAGAAGAAUCAAUGUUCUGCGCUUGUUAAGGUUCCGUCACUGACCCCAUUUUUGACCCAAGAUCCCGACUCACUGGUGGAGAUGUGCCUGAACAUUGACCUCUGACCCUCGUGUGAACUCAGACAAGGUCGUUCCUUUAGCAUUCCACUGUAUUGUCAAAGUUCCUUCAGACCACCGGGUUCUUAAGCUCCUCCUAAUUUAGGUUCUGCCAAAGCGGAGAAGAUCUUCACAUUCCACUCAGGCUUUGUUAACCUUCAGGGUUAUCCCACAUUCCCAUGAAGGUCUUCUCAGAGUUCCAGUAGGUCUGGCCUGGACAGCUGUUUAAGGGUUCUCCCUGACGUUCUCCUUAGCUUUUUUCUUAACAUAUUGUAGAACACUUUGUUCUAGAAUUUAGCUCAUUUAACAGUUUAGAUGUUCCUUCAAGAUCCAGAUGAGAUCUCUGUAACACCGUCUGGGUUCCUCUGCCCUGAUUUAUAUAUACAGCUUUUAGAAAAUGUUCUUCAAAGAACCCAAACGUUUGUUCUAUUUCAACCAACAUUAACGUUCUCCUGAUCUUUGGAACAUAGUGUUCUUUUAAAAAAAAGCCUCCAAUUUCCACUCACCACGUUCCUUCACUUCUCAGAUGUUCUUGAGAAGUUUCUUUGAAGGUUCUCUUCAUUUAUCAGUAGAACCAAUCUGUUCUCCAUCUAAAUGAUCAGCAGAACCGGUUAAAGUGGGUUCCGUUUGUGUUCUUCUGCGUUUAUUGGGAGUCAGUCCUUCUUCUGCCAAAGAACUUCCCCCGCGGUGGUGGUGGUGGUGGGGGGGGUCACCUGAACUUUAAUCAAUAAAGUCUUUGACACCACC